GGGCUUGUUUAUGAUCCCACCGGACUGCAUCGUUCAUGUUGGUUCUAUGUUGAUUAUGUGGAGAGAAGCAUUGAUUUUAUGUGGAUUAUGUGGAUAAUCGCUCGCUCUUCUUAAGGAUAUGUGGGCUAACCAAGCGUGGGCGUCGGGAACUGUCCCCGGCGCUCCUACGGGACAGGAUAAGAUUAGUGCAUUGCAACAACAAGCUCAGCAGUAUGCAGCCUUUCAGCAGCAACGUGAGCAGCAAUGGCCACCAUCGGCUCAAUCUGCGGUCAAUCCAUGGGUGUGGGGACAGUCUGGGGUGUAUGGAAUGUACAACAUGUACGGGAACCCAGCAGCUGGUGUUCUUCCAAUGAUGUCGGUUCCACCUCCAACAUACCAGUCCAACAACAUCCCCCAGUACAAUGCACCUCCCCCUGAGGUGCCCCCACCACCCCCAGAGGAUCCUCCUCCUCCACCGCCACCAGAUGAGGACAAGGACAAAUUGGGGAAGGAUGGCACGAAGGGUUCAGCAUUAGAUAACAAAGCCGCUCUUAUGUCUGAGAAAAAGGAGGACAGCAAGUCACAGGAGAAGCCAGACGAGGGGAAGACCCCUGACAAUCAGGCCACAGAAUCAAGGACCAAUCCUGCUGAUAGUAAGGAACCAACCCAAGGCCCCCAACAAGAGAACAUGGAAUCCGAGGCCAAAAGACAGAGACUUGAGGGACAGGACCCCGCCAACCCACAGGGCUUCAACUCCAUCCAGGGUGAGCAAGGUGGCAGCUGGGGGAAUCCCUUCACACCAGCCGGCAAUCAGCAUGACAGCGGCCAAGGCAAGGGGAACUGGCACCCUAGAGGAGGAAUGGGACGAGGGAAUAACCGCAUGCCUUGGAAUAACAAUCCUGGAGGAAACAAUAUGAACCAGCCUUGGGGACCAUACAACCAGGGACCAGACAACAGUGGAAGGAUUCCCCAAGAGCAAGGCAACAGGAAUAUUGCCAAUUAUGCCCAAGAUUCAGCAAGAGGAGGGUUUGGUGAUAACAGAGGAAUUAUUUCCGGAGGUGGCCAUGGACUCCUAAAUCAGCCAAAUGAUAUGCAACAAGUGAACCCAGAAUUGGAAUUGGACGAAGAGAAUGAUGAAGACUUGAAAGAAUUUGAUAGACGGUCUGAAAACUGGGAAAGGCAGUUCACACAGUGGCGAGAGCAAAAUAAAAAUCAUCCCGAUAAGACUGCACUUAACAGGUAUGAUGAGGACUGGAAGAGAUGGCGCCAGGAACUCUCACAAAAACGUGAAGAAAUUAAGAAGAAAAAAUUGGAAAAGUUACAGGAAGAGGCAAAUAAGAAUGUUGAUUCUUCCACCAACCAGAGUGUCCAGUCCCCAGCCAAUGUAGGUACCACAGCUGCUACCAAAGAACCUUCCAACAGUUGGCAGCAGGAUCAGGAGAGAGGAAAUGCUACGUUUGGCCAGGGGCCGGAGAGAAGAGACCUAAACCAACCAGCCAACUCCAGAGGCUUCAAUGACGAAAACCAGUUGGGAGUUAAUCAAAACCAAAUGGGUAGAGGACGUGGAGGAUUCAACAGGGGUGGCAUGGGUCCUGACCACAAUCUUGGGGGUUACAACCAGCAGGGCCGAGGCAGGGAUGACCAGGGAAACGAGAACUCUGCCUGGGGCGGAAUGGGACAGUUUGACCCGAAUCGAGGUUUUGAUCCCACCAACCAAGGGGGAUUUGACCAGUUCAAUCAGGGCAGAGGAGGGUUCUCCAAUUUCCGAGGAAGAGGAGGAUUCAACCAGCCAAAUAGUGGAAGAGGAAGAUUCAAUCAGUCUGACCAAAAUGAGGGGCUUCAGCAGAACAAUGUUAGCCAAGACAAUCAGCCAUUAGGUGGAUUGAAUCAAGACAGACAAAAUCAAGGUAGUUCUGGAAUGAGAGGCUUUGGACGAGGAGGAUUUGACCGUGGACGAGGGGGAUUCAGCCAAAGAGGGAGAGGUCAAGGAAUGUUCAAUAACCAGGGCCUUGGGCCAGAACCAACCCAGCAAGAAGAGUCUGCCAUGUGGAAUAAAGAUCAAGAUGACAGGAUUCAAGGAGGAUUUAACCAGGACCCACACAACAGAGGAGGUUUCAAUACCAACAAUCGAGGACAGGGUAAUUUUGACCAGGAUGAUCGAGAUAUGAGGAACUAUGAUGAAAAUGAAAGGAUUCAACAGGACAGUGGCAGAGGCCGUGGCAGUUUUGAUAUGAGAGGUAGAGGUCGUGGAAACUUUGACCAAGGUGGCAGAGGUUAUGACCAUGGCAGUAGAGGUUGGGGAGACUUAGACCAAACAGGGAGAAAUCCUGGUAAUUUUAACCAAAGUGAUAGAGGUUUUGGAGACUAUGAAAACAACAACAAAGGUCGAGGAGGUUUUAACCAAAGUGGCAGAGGCCGUGGAGGCUUUGAACACAGUGAAAGGGGCUGGGGUAACUUCGACCAAGAUGGUAGAGGUAUGGGAGGCUUUGACCAAGACAGUAGAGGUCGUGGAAACUUUAACCAGCGUGGGCGUGGAGGAUUCGACCAAGGUGGGAGAGGCACUCCUGGAGGCUUUGACCAAGGAGAGAGAGGCUCCAAUUUCUUUGACCAGAGUGGAAAAGGUCGGGGUGAAAGGGGUCCUUUUGACCAUGAAAGAAGCCAGGAAGGAUUUGAUCAAGGGAGAAGAGGCCCUGGAGACUUUGACAUGGGCGCAAGAGGUCGGGGAGGCUUUGACCAAGGGGCAAGAGGAGGACGAGGAGGCUUCGAUCAAGGAGGGAGAGGCCGUGGGAAUUCAAACUUCAACAACCAGGACCAUUCAAACUUUGGCCGAGGGAGAGACUUUGGUCAGAGGGGAGGGAACCAGUUUGGUCCAGGCCGGGGAGGAAGCAGUGGCAUGCCAGACCAAUCUAUGCAUGAUGGUCCUACUGAUGCAUUUGGAGAAAACAAGCCCAAUGCAGGUCAGGGCUGGAAUAACAACACAGACAGAUGGCAAGGAAACAACCCACCAUGGGGACCUGGAGGGAGGGGUGGCUUUAGUGGACCUGGUAACAGAGGCCGUGGCAGUGGCCGCUGGGAUGGCCGUGAUGAAGGUGGCCAAGGAAGGAAUUCCAACAUGGGCCCAAAUAGGGGACAAGACCCUGCAUGGUGGAACUCUGGGUCAAGGGAGAGCCUACUCGAACAGAACAGUGGGUCGCAGCUGACCGGGAAAGAUGACCAGCGGAAAGGGGACAAGAGCAGCUUUGGCUUCGGCAUGAAUGAGCCCAGCACCAUCCCAGGUCUGGACCUCCCAGACACCCAGGCUCCCACGGAGAACAAGAACAUGACGCCAAACCAGAAGAAUCCCGUGUCAGCCAAGACAGUGUUCCAUGACCAGGAGGAUGAGAAGAUUGAUGUUAAACUUGGUGCUGAACGCCUCCACAUUGGACCAAUUGGUGUACCACACAGCAAGGAAAAAUUUACACUACCAGAAGAUUGGUACGAUGACGAGGAAGAAAAUGAACACAAGGACACAGAGAAUAAAGAAGAGGCGAGUAGAACAGAGGAGCCCGUUCAUUCAGAAAACAAGAAAGACGAGCCAUUUGAACAAGGCUUUAAGGGUCAACAGAAUGCAGGUUUUGGAAUGCCUGACAGAGACAUGCAGCAAGGGCCAUGGCAAGGGGACAGGAGAGACAGACCGAUGUAUGGCCAAGAUUUUGAAGGCCAACAGAAACCAGGUUUUGGAAUGCCAGACAGAGACAUGCAUUCACCAUGGCAAGGGGAUAAUCGAGACCGGCCGCCAUUUAGACAGGGCCCAAUGGAUCCUCAGCGUCCCAACAGACCAGAGUCUAAUCCAAGGGCACCAGACACUGUGAUGCAUGAACGCUGGGGCAAUCGAGAGGAAGACCCCAGACAAGAGCGCUUCCCAAGGGAUGCAGGUCCAAAAGGCCGCUGGGGUGAAGGGUAUGACAGGCAUUGGGAUGACCGUUAUCCAGGAAGAGGUGGUCCCGAUGACCGAUAUAGAGAUGAUCCUUACUACAAUAGGUGGGAUAAUUAUGGUGAUCGAAGAGGCCAAGAACCCUUAUGGAGGGACGAACGUGAUCCUUACUAUGAGGACCGCUACGGGAGAGGGUCAAAAGAUUAUUAUGAUUGGCCACCUCGUGACAGGGAUUAUUAUGACCGAGAGAGAGAUCGCUUUUAUCAAGAUGGCAGGGGUCCAAGAGGGUCCUUUGAGAGGAAUGAACCAAGCUUUGGCACAGAACCCCGGAAUUUCCAUGAGAGAGAUCGAAGAAAUAGCUUUGACAGAGAGGGAAGGGAAUUUUUCGACAGAGACAGAAGGGAUCCAUAUUAUCGAGGUGAUCGAGAUGACUUUGGGAGAGAUUCUCGGGACUGGAGUGCACAGGCUGUAGAAAACCGAACAGUUGUUGACUAUGGACACAGUGGACCAGGUUCAGGAGGGAUGAAAAUGCCACCAAGUGAGGCAUCACCUUUUGGAAUGGGAGCUGAUAUGCCAAAACAGGGACAGGCUAACAUACCAGAGCAUGUAAGAAGAGACCCUAGCUUCAGAAUGGGAAGUGACGACAGAAGAGACAACCGGAGACUUGAGAAUUCCCCAAGACCCCCUAAUUUAGAUCGCAGCCAUAGCAGAUCCCCAUCUAAAAGUAGCAGCAGUAAGCAGAUGAAGCCCUCAGAAAGUGGGCACACACCACCUCUGAAUCAAGCAUCCAAGGAGCAAGAUGAGAUUGGGGACGUGGUGACUAUUGAGGAUCUGGUUUCGGUCCCUGGGAGGUUUAUGAGGCCUCCCAAGAUGGUGAUCAUUUUAAGAGGACCUCCAGGCUCAGGCAAGACAACAUUAGCCAAGAUGAUAAAGGAUAGGGAGGUUGAGAAUGGUGGUAAUCCACCAAGGAUUCUCUGCCUUGAUGACUAUUUCAUGGUUGAAACGGAAAAAAUGACCACUGAUCCAGAUACUGGAAGAAAAGUGAAGACGAAGAUUAUGGAGUAUGAGUUUGAGCCAGAGUUGGAGGAAAGCUAUCGAAUGUCGCUAAUUAAAUCCUUCAAGCGGCAAGUUGACGAUGGCUUCUUCCCAUUCAUCAUUGUGGACUGCAUUCACAACAAAGUGAAACACUUUGCUGAAAUGGCUACCCAUGCCAAGAAAUGUAAUUUUGAGGUAUAUAUUGGUGAACUAGAGGUAGAUCAGAGUAUCUGCCACAGAAGAAACACUCAUAACCACUCCAGAGAACACAUCCAGAACAUUAUUCGCCAGUGGGAGAAGACGCCUGCAUCGUAUACACGAGUAGAUCUGACUCCAUUCAUUCAAGAUGCUGCUAUUGAAGAGGUGGAAAUGGAAGAUUCCAUGGAACCAGCAGCUACAGAUAAAGAGAAAAAAGAAGAUGUAGAAGAUGAAGAUGAGGACAAGGAAGCCUUCAAAAAGGUAUGUCACUCAGGUGCUGCCCUCGAAAACCAUAGAACUGGUAACCAUCACAAUGUUAGCAAACGAUUAAAUCCUCCUCAAGUUAAAAAUAUGGCCUAUAACCAGAGCAAUUCAUCUGGGAGUGCCAAGAAGCCUGGCUCUGGACAAAGAUCCUCUGGAGCAAUAGAAAACAAGCAAAGUAAUUUAAAUAAGUGGGUUAAUCAGCCUGUUCCCCAAAAGUCUGAUAGUCUCAGCCAGCAAGGAGUUGGGAAAAUAGGUCCAUCACAAAAUGAGAAUAGUAAAAAGGAUAAAAACCAAGUAAAACCUAACCAGGUUGAUAAAAAGCAGGGUGUAGUAAAUCCUGCACAAAGCGAAGCCAGUGCUAAAGACCAGGGGAAACAGGAGAGCACCUCAGUGAAAAAGGAGCCAGAAAGAAGUGGAAAUGUGCUGCAGAAGACAGGAAAGGGUGGGGAUAAGAGAAAUUCUAUCCAAGCAGGUAGUCAGCAGGUAGGAGGUCAGCGAGUUGCAGGUCAAAUGGGAGCCAUGAGCUGGGCCUUAGGGAACCAGUCUGUCAGCUGGGGUGGGCUGGCAAGAGGGUUUAGCUGGAGUGCAGCCAGGUUGAGUGGGGUCAGCUGGGGCAUGAUGGGGGGUGCUACUCCAAGAGGAGGAAGGGGAGGUGGGGUUAGCUGGGGCACAGCCGGAAGAGGUAGGUUGAGUUGAGCCAGCAUUGUGUUGGUUUCAACAAGGGUAUAGGUGCCAGUAACAAGCAAAGGGGAAUUGUGAAAGUAAAAGUAGAAAUGGAAAAAUUAGUGAUAGUUUGGCUAGAUGUCUCAAGAGUUCUAAUCUAGAUUUUUUUUUUUACUCUUCCUUCUUUCUUCAUCAUCAUCUCUUGACAUUUUCAUUUGCAGCAGUAAGAAUAGGUUAUGUUUAUCAAUAUCCAGUAACAAGUUUGUUCAGGUGUGAUACACUGGUGUUUGGAUAAAUGCUCCCUUACAGGUUUGCAAAGAUGCAAAGGCUGACUUAUUGGAUAUUAUUCUAUAUAGCACUCAACUAUAAUUCUUAUUACUGAUGAAUACUUAACUUAAGUCACUCUGUCAUACUUACUGUUAAGACGAAGUGGAGUAAGAGCAUCACACAUAUUUGUCCACAAUACAGUAUUAUCACCAUUAUUUGCAAGUGAUCUCAUUGAAAAACUUUGCUCAAAGUUAAGGGAUUGUCGGUUGAAAAGAGAAAAUCGAUGCUAUGAAGGAAAGUCAUAAUUAUAACUUUAUAUAUAUAUAUGCUCGAAAAUGUAUUCAAAUGUCUGAUUGGUAUGUUUUAUUUAUCAGUAAGUAUGACAUGAUGUUAUGAUUAUAAUUCUAAAGUUUUUUUUAUACUGAAUAAAGAUAGAGAAAUUGUGCCGGUAUUCUGCAUAAAAGUGUUUUAUUGAUCAUUCUUGAAUUAAAUUAUUGGAAUUUGACAACAGAUAGGUAAUUUAUGUAACAUCUGAUAAAGGAAAUGAAGAUGGAACUUGAUCUCUCUGAUUUGAUUGUUCUUAUUGUUCCCUGAGAGGGAACUUCAGUUCUAUUUAUUGUUUAUGCUGUCCUUUGAAUAUAGUGAGUUACAGGUUUGUAUUUUCCCCCUUUCUUAAAUGCAGAAAACCAAGGAAACUAGUGAGUAGGGUGAAAAAAACAUGAGUGAAAGCUAUUGGAGGUAUUGUGAUUAAGAAGUAAAAAGGCUGAAUGAAAUUAGUGGAAAAGUGACUACAGAUAAGCAGGGUCCUUCAUAUUCUUUCUGUGCUUUGACGAUGUCAGUAAUACAAUCGGGAAACUACUGACUGUACUUUGAAAGUUUGUGAUGGUUAUGUGGUAUCAUUUUUUCUGGGAAAUAAGCAGGAUUCAGUCCACAAAAGUAUUUUGGAUAUUAGUACUGAUUUUCUGUAUUUAUGUAUUUAUUUAUUAUCAAAAUGAUAAUAUUAUUAUUAUUAUUAUUAUUUUAAUAAUGUAAUAAUUCAGUUUUUGUUUUACCAAAGAAAAUUUGCUUCUUUGUUGAUAUACUAAGUAUCUCUAGUAACAUGUGAUUUUUUUUUUUUUUUUUCUUUUGAACGAGAGAGAGACGAAGGUGGAGUAGGAUGAAAGAUAAUUGUAGAUGCUUUAGGUUGUUUACGUGUCUGUGUAUACUUAUGUAAGCCUGUACAGUAUUUCUGUGUGUUUGUAUGUUACACUCACACUGCCUGACUAUUUACUUGGGCCUGAAAACCAAUAUUUCUUGCUGUUUUCAGAACCAAAGCCUACUUUGGUUCUGAAAUAAACUAUAAAAAGUUGAGAACAAAGUCGUAUUUAACAUCUGUAAUAUAAUUUACUUCCAUAGCAAGGUACAUUUAUCAUUUAUUAAUCCACUUAAAAUUAUUGGCGUGUGGAAUAUAGGUAUCCAGUUAAAAGUAAAUUAGGUAAUGUAGGAAAGGGGAAAUGAACACAGCAGCUUUUGUGAAGAAAGAAUCCUAAAAGACAGUGGCUGAGCAGCAAAGUCUUAUGAAGGUUAUAAGACCUAAAAGUAACUUUUUUUCUGGUAUUUCCAGUCUUUUGGAACAAGUAAAUGGUUAGUGUGUUUGUGAGAGAGUGCGCAUGUGAGAGAGUGUGUAUGUGUGUGAGUGUGUAUGUGUAUGUGUGUGAGUGUGUAUGUGUAUGUGUGUGAGUGUGUAUGUGUGUGAGUGUGUAUGUGUGUG